AAUACCUUCUUGUUCUUUGCCGUGGCUUUGGUGGCCUCUGUGACAGCCGAUGUGUCCCAUUUGGGUUAUAGCUAUCCUCAACCGGAUUCAAGAUUUUCGGUGGUGCCAUCCAUUUCCAUCCAGCUGCCUGCAAACAAUUUCGUGUUACCUAAAGUACCCAUGAAUAUGUACGUGCCUCCUGUUCAAAUGCAACAACAUAUGGUUGAACACCAUCAGCAGCAGCAACAACAACCUCAACCUGAAAUUUCUAUUCCCUUGCCUUCAUAUGUACCUUCUGGACCAAUGAUGCAAUCCCAUAGCAAUUAUAUGGCUCCCAUUGAAAAUGUACAACAACAUAGCUACAUGGCACCCAUGGAAUCUGUUUCCGCCCCUAAACUCCAUAAUAAUUAUUUACCACCUAUGGAAGUAGCCCCCGCCCCUAAGCCUCAAGCUAAUUACUUGCCACCCAUGGAAUCAGCUCCCGCACCCAUGAUGCCCCACAACAAUUAUUUGCCACCCAUGAAUGCUGCUCCCAUUAUGACUAAACCACCCACAACCACAGCAGCUCCCGUUACUCCCAAGAAAACCUAUCUUCCACCAGUCACAACAACAGUAGCUCCCGUUACUCCCAAGAAAACCUACCUUCCUCCACCAACAACUGCACCCAAGAAAACCUAUCUUCCUCCUACCACAACAGCAGCUCCCGUUACUCCCAAGAAAACCUACCUUCCACCACAAUCAACAACACCAGCCCCAGCUCCCAAGAAAACCUAUCUUCCACCACCCACAACAACAUUGGCACCGGUCACUCCCAAGAAAACCUAUCUGCCUCCACCAACAACAACUGCCGCCCCUGCUGCUCCAAAGAAAACCUACCUCCCUCCUAAACCAUCCAGAACUGUUGAACUUCCUCCUGCACCCGUUAAACCUGAAACCAUUUCCAAACCCAAGAACAGUUAUUUACCACCAGCGCCCAAAAACUCUUAUCUCCCACCUCAAAACACCUACUUGCCCCCCGAGGAGCCAAUUACUGAGAAGCCACACAUUAUUACCCCACCUGCACCACGCAUUGAAGACUUGGUCGUACCUCAACGUCCUGAACCAAAAUAUGUUGAUCUAGAACAAUACACCGAUGAAGGUUACAAGACUGUACGCAAAUUGAAAUUGUAA